GAUCUUUCAACCUCCCUUAUUCACUCCAACUCCUAUUUCUAAAGUUCUCAUUAAUGAAUGGGGAUUGUCAAAAUGGAAUCCUACCUAUUCUCUGGUAUAUCGUUUCUGCUUUCUUUUGUGGUACUUUAACCUUUUUGUGACGAAUGCCGGGCUUGGAUUCGGAUCCGAAAAGACAGAGUUGCCUCUCCGAUGAGCUACUGUCCUCAGAGCGCCUAUUCCUGUUUAAUUCCGAAAGCCAUUUGAAAUCCGGCUUUGGCUUCGCUAAGUUUCCAGAUGUAAAUUAGGGUUUUUUUUCAAUUUCCAACAUUUGCAAUAUUUCGCUUUUUUUUCAAAAUAUGUAGAUUGAAAAUAGCAAAACCCAUCGAGAAGGCAUUUACUCAUAUUGGAUUCUGGCUGAAUUCAUCGAAUUGAUCAUUCUCUAUGUCUGAGGCUGGGUGGAUGGUGUUGACCAGCUAUUCAAAUGGGGAAAGACCACUGUCUGAGGCCUUACUGCUGAAGGAACAUCGCAAGAGUGAUACUAAGGGCCAGAUACUCAGCUCAUAUUUGCUCAUCCAUCUGGAUAAAAGGCUUGGGCAGAGCAGUUGCCGUCCGGAUGCAUCUGGAUAGAAAGCUUUCUAUGGUACAUCUAUAACAAUUGGAAUGGAAUUUCCCUGACCCCGCUUUCUAUAUGGCAAAUAGUGUACGCAGGAAUUUUUAUAUACUGUUCAAAACCCUCCGUGGAACAGACAUGAGCUCCUGUGGCUGCACCAACUCCAGCCAGUCAAGGUACCUCGAUUAUGCCCGGCAUUGUAGACUGCGAAUGGCCAGAGGCUGCUUGGAACAGCUCCAUUUGAUUGUGUGUUCACGCAGCACCACCGUGCACAGGUCGGCCAGGAGUGCUGCCUGGUUUUUGACCCAUCUCUAUUUAAUAACAGAGCUCUGGGGUCGAUUUUUGACAUCCCAUCUGUUGCGCGAGUAGCCUCGGUGGACUCGGCAGACCUGGAAUUCCUGGGAACGUUACCGCCGCUUCACAACAUCUAUGGGAAUGUAAGGCGUUUUUAACCAAUUCUUAACUGCAAAGGAUUUAUUGUUCAUUCACAAUUCUGCAGAUAAUCUUCAGAAAUGCCAGAGCAAAGCAAUGAUUACCGGGUUGUUGUGUUUGGAGCUGCAGGAGUUGGGAAAAGUUCCUUAGUCCUGCGGUUUGUUAGAGGAACUUUCAGAGAAACAUACAUUCCAACAAUUGAAGAUACAUACAGGCAGGUAAUCAGCUGUGAUAAAAAUAUCUGUACACUUCAAAUCACGGACACCACAGGCAGCCAUCAGUUUCCUGCAAUGCAGAGGCUGUCUAUUUCCAAAGGGCAUGCCUUCAUUCUAGUUUACUCUGUCACAAGCAAACAAUCCAUGGAGGAAUUGCAGCCCAUCUAUGAGCAAAUCUGUCAAAUCAAAGGGAACAUUCAGAACAUCCCUAUUAUGUUAGUGGGAAAUAAGAGUGAUGAGACUCAAAGGGAAGUGGAGCCUGCUGAAGGAGAAGGUCUCGCCACAAAGUGGAUGUGUUCUUUCAUGGAAACCUCUGCCAAACUCAACUACAAUGUGCAGGAACUUUUCCAGGAGUUGCUUAAUUUGGAAAAGAGGAGGGCAGUGAGUCUCCAAGUGGAUGGAAAGAAAUCUAAACAGCAAAAAAGAAAAGAUAAACUGAAAGGAAAAUGCUCCCUCAUGUGAAAUGCAAGCUUUUAAAAUCAUAUCUAUUGCAUGGUGCAACCAGGCAUGGAUUUCAUAGAUUUCCUGUGAAAACGGGGCCAUUUUUACACAGAAUGACUCAUUUCCUAACAACCUAUGAGACAUAUAAAAUAAGUCUUAUAUCAGUCCUAAUCAUAAUGAAUCAAGAUUCAGUAACAAAUCCCAUCACUGAUGGAUUGCACUAUUAGCUUAGGUUGUUGGUUGAAAAAGACAUGCUUCUUGCAUUUUCACAUUUAUAUCAUAGUUUCCAUAUGCACAUGGUUAAUGCAACAAAAUAAAUUAAA